AUGUCUUUUCUAAAUAAAGGUGCAUUGAAGGCAGCAAGGGAGGCAAUCAAAAACAAGGACUUCAAGGAAACUAUCAAGCUGUGCAAGAUCAUUUUAGGAGAAGAUAAGAACAAUUAUAAUGCCUUGGUAUUUGUUGGGGUGGCUGCUGAAGGUCUAGAACAAUAUGAUCAGGCCUUGAAGGCAUAUCGACGUGCAGUAGAAAUUUGUCCUGAACAAAUUCUUGCAUGGCAGGGUUUGAGCAGCUUAUAUGCCAAAAAUCCAGGAAUCAUUGGUCAAGAAGAAAUAAUAGGAGUUUAUGAAAAACUAGUGGAUCUCUACUCAAAUGAAAAGGAGAAGAGGCAUGAUGCUGUGCUCAAGCUUAUUUCUUUGUGGAAAGACUCAGAUCUAGAGAAGGCUCUGUCUAUGUACCAGACACUGAUGAAAGAGUUGGACCCAGGUACUAAAAGAACAGAAACAAUACAACAGAUGGUCAUUUUACUUAAGAGUCAGCAGCUGCUAACACCUGAUCAACAAGAAUUACUUCUGUCUGGACUUCAAGAGUUGUUGCAUGCAGACAACAUUGAUGCUUCAGAUACAGAGCUUGAGGAGUUGACAAACAAUUACUUGAAACUCGUUCGAAAGAACAAACAAGAGCAGCUUGACAGUGAAUGUUCACAACUUAUAAAGCACUUUCCAACUUUGUCUGCACCAAGAGAAGUCAAAUUACUGUUGUUGUUGGACCAGCAGAUGGGAAAAGUGCAAAAGGACAAUGAAAAGACCAAGAAGAUGGAAGAAAUAGAAGAUUUAAUCUCCACUCUGACAGAACAAAGAAAGAGCCUAAAUAGUGCAGAAUUGAUUUUGGCACAAGGAUACUUGGCACUGAACAAGGAUUCUGCAACCAUUGCUCUGGACUACCUAAAAAAAGGUGUAAAUGUGAAGCCUGACCUGUUUUGUGGUCACUUCUACUUGGCACAGUGCCUUCACAAACUUCAUGAAGAUGUUUCCUGUUUAAAGACAUGCAAUGAUGCUCUGACACUCCUGUCAAAAAAGAGUAGAAUUGUGACUACAAACAUAAAUGAUGCCGUUCAACAUCUUUUUCUACUGGCUGCACAUUGUUGCUAUCAGCAAGGAACAAAGUACUCUUUGGCACAGUCUCUUGAAUAUUUAGAUAAGCUUACAGAAGAUACAGAGGAAACCCUUGUUCUGAGAGCAUACAUUAUGCUUAGCCUUGGAGAUUCAGAUGAGCUAAAGGCAUGCAUAGAAAAAUUAGAAACAAGCAACAGUACAGAAGUCCGAGCUCUUCAAUCUUGGAUAGCUUUUAAAAAUAAAGAAUACACAGCUGCUGUGACGGGCCUAGAGAAAUGUGUAGCUGAAGAUCCCAAUAAUGCACUGUAUCUGUUGAGAUUGGGCUGUGCUCUUUGGGAACUAAGGAACACCAGUCAAACUGACAGACUUCAGGAUCGGUGCUUCAAUUUACUGCUAAAGGCAGCAAAGUUGGAUCCUUACCAGAGCCAUACUUUCUUGUACCUUGGUCAUUUCUACAGAGAGCUUAAAAAUGAUCAGCAGCGUGCCAGAAAAUGCUACCAGAAAGCCUUUGCUUUAAAUUCAAACAAUGAAGAAGCAGGUGCUGCCCUCUGUGAUAUGAUGGCUGAGUCUGGGGAGGAGGACAAUGUGAAGACUCUUCUGGAAAAUGUAACAGCCACUGCUGCUGCUGGUUGUUCCAAAUGGGCAUGGUUGCGGCUUGGCCUUUCCCAGGUCCGAACAGGGGACUCAACUAAUGCAAUCGCUUCCUUCCAGUCAGCAUUGCGGGCUGAUCCCUCUGAUGAACAUGUAUGGGAGUGUCUAGCAGAAGCUUACCUGCACAGAGGAAGCUACACAGCAGCUCUCAAAGCAUUUACAAAGGCAGCAGAGCUUCAUCCAGACUCUACUUACAGUCUUUGUCAAAUUGCUAGUAUCAAACAGCAAUUAGGGCUGACAGAAGCAGCUGAUGAAUACAAACUAGUCCUUAGCAAAUCUUCUCACUAUGUGCCAGCACUCAAAGGCCUUGGAGAAACCUAUCUGCUUAUGUCACGUCGUUUUCUGGAUCAGUGCCUGACAGGCCUUGCUUUGGAUCAUUGUCAGCAAGCCAUCACUUGCCUCACUCGGGCAGCAACUCAGCGACCUGACCUUUCCUGUCUGUGGAAACUACUUGGGGAUUGUUGUACUCUUUUGCAAGGGGUGAACUCCAGAACUUUUAGCAUUUGUGUUCCAAGGCGUCUUUGUCAAGCAACUUCUGCAGAUGACAAAGAUGUUAUCUCCAUUGGCAAACUGGAAAUGUUGGAGCUUGCAACAAAGUGCUACGGAAAGGCCCUCAAAAUUCUUCCUGAAAAUUCUUCUCUUUGGCACGACUUUGGUAUCAGCUUCUACUACCAGUGCUGUCAGUUGAAGAGCAGUUCUGAAGCAAAGCUUCUUGUUGAAAAAUCUAUCAGUGUUCUGAAAAAGGCAGUUAGCCUGGAGCCAACUGAUCCCACACAUUGGACAGCAUUAGGUGUUGUUGCAGCCAGCCGCUAUGCCAAGAACUAUUCCCUUGCUCAGCACUGCUUCAUCAAGUCUAUAGAAUGUGAAAGCAAUAAUGCUGUGGCCUGGACAAACCUUGGUACUGUGUAUCUCCAGAAUGAUAACUUCAAACUAGCCCACGAAGCUUUCAAAGUGGCACAAAACCAGAAUCCUGAGUACAUUACCAGCUGGAUUGGGCAGGGCCUGAUAGGGGAAAUUGUUGCACAUGAAGAUGCAAUGGACCUUUUCCGGCACACCACUGACAUUGGUGUUCAUAUGGAGAGUUGUAUUGGCUAUGGUCACUGGGUGAUUACAACUCUUCUGGAUGUCACCAACCAGCACACACCUGCAUUCCAGUACUGUAUCAAACAGAUGGCUGCCAUUCCUGUUGCAGUGACAGCUCUUACUAGAUUUACACGGCUUAAUGAGUCAGACCCAUGGGCUCACAACAUGCUUGCUUUGCUGCUUGAGCACCAGGGCCUUCUGGUUUCCGCAGAGGAUAGCCUGCACAAAGCUGUAGAACUUCUGAAGGAAUCUGGGAUUGCUGAAGUGAAGUGCCAUCAAAGUCAGACUGAAUUUAGCCAGGUUGCUAAGAGCAAUUGCUGUGUUCAGGAAUGUGAGAAAAGUGCCACGUUCACUGAUCUGUGUCAGUUUGGUUUAUUAUUAUACUGUGCUGGUAAACUGACAGACAGUUACAGAGUGUAUCAGCUUGCCCUUUCAAUGGCUACCAGUGAUACAGACAAGUCUGAUGUCUAUGCUGCUUUGGGAAUGGUAGCAUUUAAGUGUCAGGAUCUUAAUGGAGCAAAGACCGCUCUUUUUACUGGUUACCAGAUCUGUCCAUCAUCUGUCCGUGGCCUCUUAGCAUUGUGUGCACUUGGAAUGGUCCAGAUGGAUUUGGAUCUCAUAGAAGCUACCCUGAAAGAGCUGUCUGACCUUGUGCAAGGGGCGAGAGUCUUGUUGAUGUACAUCACUCUUACAUUACAGAAGACACUUCCUGAUGGUGCAGGUGAGGCUGUUGCUUAUGUGCAGCAGUUACUGCAGCAGCAUCAGGGCCUUGCAGGCCUGUGGCUGUUGGCAGCACGGGUGGCAUUUCAGCAUUUAAAGGAUGGAGCUCUGGCUUUGACCUUUACAAAGGAGGCCGUUAGUCGUGGAUCACCAAAUCAUCAGGAUGCAUUGCAGUGUCUCUCCAUGGCUCAGCUACAGUUAGGAAAGCACAACAUCAGAAAAGCCCAUGAAAAUGCUUUAAGUGCAGCGCAAAAGGCUUAUCAUAUCAAUCCAGACAGUGUGUCUAAUACCUGUCUGCUGGUGAGUGCCCUUCAUGGUAAGGCAGUCAUCCAACAUGUUAUGAGAGGGGAAACAACUCUGAUUGACUAUGAACGUCGGCUUCUGGAUCAAGUACUGACUUCCCCAGACCUGAGUCCUGCUUUGAUGUGUUGGUGUCUCAAGCAAAAAUCAGUAGCACAGAUUCUGACGAUGGACAUGUCUGGUGUUUUGGAAACAAUCAGAAAGAUUUCUGAGAACUUUCCAGAAGAACAGCUUUAUUCUUCAGUAUUGGAGUGUGUUGUGAACAACAAACACAAUGAGCUGGAGGCCUUGGUCCUUAGAAAUGAUUCAGACUUCUUCUUCUGGCAGAUUUUGCUGAAAGGACUUGUGAAUGAAGAAAAAUAUUCAGAAGCUGGAAUUUUGAUGAGGCAGGCUCUGCAGAAAGCUAGAGGGGAGAGUAAUUUACAGGUCAAGCAGGUGUGUGUGGCUUACAUAGCAUGGCUGGCAGCCCAGCAGUUACUGGUAAGUCUCAAACAGCUAAUGGUAGCAUGACUUGUAAUAUCUGUGUACCUCAGGUAAUAAGAAAAUAGAGAACACCCUGUGUUCUACAAAUAUCUAUUCAAAUUUUCUAUAUCUAAGUCACAUAGGAAAAUAUUAUUCAAGUAUGCCAACAGUUUUUACAGUUCUGUCUAUUUCUCAAUUCUUCAACCAAUCAUAGUGUUUGCAUAUGCUUGUGUUUCUGUAUGGUUGACUGUCAUUUAUUUUGUUGUCUUUUACGUGGAGCACAUUGAGAUCUUGUCCACAUGAAGAAAUGAGCUUUACUGAUAUCAUUAUUAUAUCUCCAAUGCCAGGUGGACUCAGGAAAAAAAGGGCACAUUGAUGAAGAAGCCCUAAAUGCAGAGCUUGAGGAAGCUGUGCAGACUAUAGCCCAGCUGUCCGAUCAGCCAUACACUGCAAUGCAGCUGCUCCAAGCUUUAGUCCACAUUACAGACAACCAGAG